AGUGAGUGAUAUGCCUGUCCCUUUUUAAUCCUGUAACUUCAUUUACUUCUCUGUAGCACUUGGUAUGAAAUUUAACAAAUUGUACUGAUGGGUUUCCCAGUUAAGCAGGGGUAGCUGCACAACAGAGGUGGUAUAGUACUGCAAGUAUCCCCACAUCUUGGAAGGAUAUAUAUGGGUACCAGGAAGAAUCCUGAAGCUAUGAAUCCAGAGCAUGGGGACGAAACAGUGGAUAAGACUACUCCAAGUCCAACUCCAAUUUUUGAUCUACCAUAAGAUUCAGAACACAAGGCUAAGAAAUUCAAGCCUUUUUCAAUAGCUAAACCCCAUAUGAGAGCCUUCUACAUAUCCUGGAUCUCCUACUUCACCUGCUUUCUUUCCACGUUCACUUCUCCCCGUCUGAUGCCUGUCAUCAGAGACAAUCUCAAUCUCACCAAGAGGGACAUAUGAAAUGUCAUUGGAGAUAGUGACUGGAAUGACAGGAAGGGAGCAACUUGGGAUCAAUGGUAGCAGAGCUUCUGUUAUUCCUCAACUCCAAUUAUUCCACUGAUACUGGAAUCAGCUUGAUGGGUGUCAAGAUCAUUACAUGCACAUUGCUACAGUUGGGGUUGAAUUUAUCAGUGAGGAGGAAAGUUUUGGCCACUUUUCAAGCUUGAAAAUGCUAGAGGAGAAGUAUUAUGGAUCGGAAUAGUCUGACAUUGAAAAGCAACUAGCAAUGGACGGCAUUAGCAUAAAAUUUGCUGACAACAGUUGCAGUGAAAGAGGAAAAAAUUCAAGUCUACCUUCUGCCCCAACUCCAACAGAUAGGACCCUAAAUUUGCUGACAACAGUCGCAGUGAAAGAGGAAAAAGUUCAAGUCUACCUUCUGCCCCAACUCCAACAGAUAGGACCCCUCAACAAGGGUUGUCUGGCAUGCUGUCAAAAAUUAAAGAGUUUGGGUAAGGCAAAAGACAAUUUGUCAAAGGUGGUCUGGCAUGCCAUCAACAACUACAGGGUUUGGAUCUUGGCUCUUACCUAUGGAUACUGUUUUGGAGUAGAACUUACUAUAGACAAUGUGAUUGCACAGUAUUACUUUGACAGAUUUGAUUUAAAUCUUCACACCGGGGGCAUAAUUGCAUCUACAUUUGGGCUUGCCAAUUUAGUAACCCGUCCAUUUUGGGGAGUACUGUCUGAUAUUGUAGCGCGUGGGUAUGGCAUGAGAGGAAGAAUAUGGGCUCUCUGGAUUGUUCAGACUCUGGGUGGAGUUUUCUGUGUUUGGUUAGGAAAAGCAAAUUCACUGAACCUCUCCACUACAGACAUGCUGAUCUUCUCCAUGUUUGUGCAAGCAUCUUUCAGUCUGACCUUUGGAAUACCUAGUUCCUUUUCUUCUUGUAUAUAUAAUUGCAUGUCAUUGGGGAUAGUGACUGGAAUGACAGGAGCAGGGGGCAACUUAGGAUUAAUGGUAACACAGCUUUUGUUCUUCCUUAACUCCAUCUAUUCUACUGAGGCUCAAAUCAGCUUGAUGGGUUUCAUGAUUAUUGCCUGCACGUUGCUACUGUUGGGGUUGUAUUUUCCACAGUGGGAAGGAAUAGUUUGUCCACCUUCCAAAUCUGAGAAUGCUAGUAAGGAGAAGUAUUAUGGAUCAGAUUUGUCUGAAACUGAAAAGCAACUAUAAAUGGACAAAAUUAUCAUAAAAGUUGCUGACAAUAGUCACAGUGAAAGAGAAAAAAGUUCAAGUCUGGUUUCUGCCCCAACUCUAAGAGAGGGGACCCCUCAACAUAGGUAA